GCCAGGAUUGAACCAGCAUCUCCACAGAGACAAGCCAGAUCAUUAACCCACUACACCACAGCAUGAACUCCUCUCUUUCUCUUUGGAUUUAAGUAGUUUGUCUAUGAUGUGCCUAUUUGUGGUUUCCCUUGUGUUUAUCAAUCUAUAAAUUCAUGUCAUUUACAAAAUUUAGGAUGUUUUCUUCAAAUAAUUUUUCUGCCCAUUCUAUCCUUCCUCUUCUGGGUCUUUUUUCUCUUCUUCUUCUCUCUUUCAGAUUAGGUAAUUUCUGUUGCUUCAUCUUGAACUUAACUUCCUAUAUCUCUCAUCUUCAGUUUGUUUUUAAGCCUAUCAAGUCAGUUUUUAAUUGCAUUUGUUGAACUUUGCAGCUUGAAAUUUUCUCUUGUUUUCUUUUGAUAUUUUCUCCCUAUUCAUGUAUUAUGCACAUAUCCUACUUUGAAUCUUGUACACAUUUAUAAUAUCUGGUCUAAAGUACUUGCCUGAUAAUUACAAUAUCUGAGAAAUCUUUGAAGUCUGCUUUUAUUGACUGCUUUUUUUCAUGGAGUAUAGAUAGUCACAUAUUUCCUAUUUCUUUGCAUAUCUAGUGUUUUUUGGUUGGAUACUUGGCUUUUUAAAUGAUGGAUUUUAGGGACUGUGAAUACCACUUUGCUUCUCUGAAGAAUUUUUAUUCCUGAAGGCAGUUAGUUAAUUUGGCUGAACUCAAAUUUCAGGUUGUCUCCCCUGUAGUGGUAGCAGUUGAAAUCUUUCCCUCAGUGUCCAACUGCUGAUUUUCUGCAAGGAGCAAUGGGUCCCCCUCCCUUACCUCGUGAUUAGUUUUAGUGAACAGCACAGGUCUUGGGAGGUCUUUUGUACAGAUUCUGGGGGUCAUCUCCUCUUUGGCUCCCCCUUCCUGAAUUUCUGGUAGUUCUGGAGCCUUGAGCUCUGCCAUCUGAUAUCUCAAGCCAGUAAGACUUGGCUUUCUACCCACCCUACCCUCAGUGGCAAGCAGAUUUAGCAGUGUCCUCUGUCAGAAAAGCACAAAUGUGCAAAUCUCACCUUUUGCAGAUUUACCCUCAGCCACUGUCCUCCACUUGUCGGGGAAUGUGUGUCCUGCAGGCAGGAUAGACUCCAGAGAAGAAAGGGGGGCUAAAUUUAUUGCUCUCAAAUCCAAUCAGAUAAACUACUAUUCCUCCCCACGAAGGAGCUAGUGAGGGAGUGGAGAGAGGCCAGGAGUACAGUGUGGGAGCUACAUCAGCAUGGAAGUCAAGUCACUCCAUGGAUUCCUUUGGUCAACCCAGACCAGAAGAUAACCAGUCAGUAGUCAGCAAAAUGCAAAAGAAGUACUGGAAAACCAGACAGGUCUUUAUCAGAGCAACAGGAAAAAAGGAGGAUGAGCACGUGGUGGCUUCUGAUGCUGAACUGGAUGCUAAACUUGAGGUCUUUCAUUCCAUUCAAGAGACAUGCACUGAACUUCUGAAGAUAAUUGAGAAAUAUCAGCUAAGACUCAAUGUUAUAUCGGAGGAAGAAAACGAACUAGGGCUCUUUUUAAAGUUCCAAGCAGAACGGGAUACAACGCAGGCUGGCAGAAUGAUGAAAGCCACUGGCAAGGCACUCUGUUCUUCAGCCAAGCAAAGAUUGGCCCUGUAUACUCCUCUGUCUCGUCUAAAGCAAGAAGUAGCAACAUUCAGUCAAAGGGCAGUCUCUGAUACCCAGAUGACAAUUAAUCGAAUGGAACAGGCACGCACAGAAUACAGAGGAGCUCUGCUGUGGAUGAAAGAUGUAUCCCAAGAACUGGACCCAGACACCUUAAAACAAAUGGAAAAGUUCAGAAAAGUGCAGAUCCAAGUGAGAAAUAGCAAAGCUUCUUUUGACAAGUUAAAGAUGGAUGUUUGUCAGAAAGUGGAUUUACUUGGAGCUAGUCGCUGCAAUAUGUUGUCACAUUCACUCGCUACCUACCAGAGGACACUUCUUGGAUUCUGGGAGAAAACAGCUCGAAUGAUGUCCCACAUCCGUGGAGCCUAUGUUGGCAUUCAUCCAUAUGAUUUUGUAGCUCUCAAGCAACUACAAGACACUCCAAGCAAGCUUACUGAAGACCACAAGGAAGAACAAAUUGAAGACAGUUCUCUUCCUGAGAACCUCAAUAAAUUGGUUUUGUCAGAUGAGGUAGUGAGCUUGGAAAGUGAAUCAGCAAUUGAAGAUCACAAGGAAAAACAUUCUCAAAUAAGAGAAUUUGGAGCAGCUCAGCUUUCUAACUCAGAAAAUGUUGCAAAAGAUUUACCAGUAGAUUCAUUGGAAGAUGAUUUUGAGAAGGAAUUCUCAUUUUUGAACAGCCUCCUAAGUCCUGGUUUUUCGAGUGCUAGUGAACUUCCCCAAGAAUGCCAGGCUGUCUUUGGGAGCCCCAAGGCCAGUCUCUCGUCCCAGGAGCCUCCCAGGGGAUCUGAGCCUCUUGUUCACUCCUCACGAUUCCUUCCUUCACAACUCUUUGACCUUGGUCUUCGUGCUUCUGGAGCUUUCAACAGCUGGGCCUCCCAAGGGGGAGAACUUCCUCUUUCACACAUGGAAAACCAGCAGGUGCCUUCAGGGAGUUCCAAGAAAUUAACAAAAUCUCCCAACAGUGGUACCCAGGACAUGUCAGCUUGGUUCAAUCUAUUUGCAGACUUGGAUCCACUUUCAAACCCAGAUGCUAUUGGACACUCAGAUGAUGAACUUCUUACUGCCUGACUGAAGUUAUGAUGUCACCUCAAUGGCCUUGAGACAUCAAUUUUGCAACUUAUUGCCUUUGUGGAAAGGAGUUUGCAUUGUCACACAUACACGAAAACAUUGCGUUUGCAAAUUUAACACUUGACAGCCAACUUUAGACAGAUAGUGAGGACUACACUUUAAUAUAUUAAGUAUCUCUUUAAUAUCUUGGAUUUGCAGCUGCUGAUGAUAUAUGGAAAACAUUAGAAACUAUUGGGUCUUAAAUAUUUACCAAAAUUUAUUUUAAAAUACAGGAAUAAUUCUGUCAGUAGAAGUUGGGAUUAUUUGCUUGGAAAGCCUUUUAUGUGUAAGUUGCCUUGCUGGCUGUGAGAAGGCAACCUGUGGAUAAAGGACAGCAUGUAAGCUAGGUUGUGAUUCGGGGUUGGUUUUAAAUCAAACAGUGGCAGAGGGAAUUCUCUGUUAGAGAAGGUAGCAGUAAAACCAGACCAGUUUUGUCUUUGGUUAGAAAGGUAGAAUAAGAUUUGAGAACUCAUUUGCUUUGAUGAAAUCAGAGAAACUUGGUGCUUGUUUUCUUCACUUGGAGGUUAAAAUGUAAUAUUACGUAGGUUUUUUGCUUCAUAUAAAAUGGACACCCCCCCACCCCGCAUUUCACUAUUGAAUUUUCCUGGGGAAAUAACAAGAUGAUUUAUUUGCUAAGUGCAUCCUCUGUAGAAACAGCAAAACUCUCUUCCCAUCUCAUAAACCACAAGAACAGACAAUAAUAUUCAAGACAUUGUGCAUCUUCAGGCCUGGUUCUUCCUACAUCGCUGCCACACUGUACCCUGUUCAUGUUCUUCCUGGAAGAAAAUGAGGGGAGGAUACUCCCUGAGCAACUGGCAGUAGUAUUCCUGAAAUUACCCAGAAAGUUCUAUAUAACUUACCCUCAGAUUUGCAUACUUACCCCCUAUUUCUUAAAUUAACCCAGAAGACCUUCUGGCAGAGUUACAGAAAACUCUGCCCCAUCAGUAAGGGAGUGUUUUAUUUUUUUUUUUUCCUCCUGAGGAUCUGUUUGGUGACUAAGGACAAACUUACCCUUAGAAGGUUGAGAGUCUAGGUAUUAGAGGGAAAGCUAUUUAAUGGAAGUUAGUAUAACGUAAUGAAAUCAUAGCCAUUAUACACAUAUGGUCACACAGUUUCCUAUUUUUUUCCUGCUCACCCUUUCAUUUUGGGGCAGUUCACCGGGUGUCUUAUUUUUGUCAUCCAAUCCAUUUAACGAAGAUGUUCACAGUGGUUUCCAUUUUACUCCUAGUUCUAAACAGGCUUAGUUAUCACUUACAUGAGAACGGCUUGAAAUGUCUGAGUCACAUGGGCUCUGCUGGUUCCCUCGCAGAACCGCUGACCUGGACCCUAGCCCUGGCUUUUGGAGUUCCGGCUCAUGUCCUCCUGUGUGAGGUAGGGAACGGGUGAGACUAGCCCUGAGGGGUGGACUUGGCUGGUGACCUUAUGUGACCAGGUCACCUCAGAGUGUGUGACACCUGUCAACACAGGGUGUGGGCCAUGCUGUCAUGCCAGCAGUAUGCCAAGGUGCCUGGAAGGAACUUGGAGUGCUGCUGGGGGUUCCUGUGUAAUGUGCUGGAAGAAUCCUAAUAAACUAGAGACUCUACACCAAAAAAAAAAAAAAAAAAAGAAAGAAAAAAAGAAAUGUUUGAGUCAUUGAAUAUAGAAAAAUCUUUUUUUAAAAGAAUGGGCUAGAGCAGGUAAGAUGCAGUCUACCUCCCAUCCACAGACCUAUGAUCUGAACUGCCCACAAGGUCUUCAGAAAACCACGACUAUGGCCAAGUAGCCUGUAGUCUGGAAAGACCUUAUCUGAGGGUCAGAAACAUCAACUCAGGGAAAGGUUAUUAUAAAUCUUUCCUUAAAAUAUUUUUACACGCUUAUUCCUAUUUUUUAUUUGGUUAUUCUGUAAGCAUUUUUUAACUCUUUCUUUUGAUUCAGUGAAAUUCCCUGGAAUGCAAUACCAUCAUUGUUCUGCUAAGAUUCCAUCACCAAGUGUUAUGAUUACAAAUCACAAUCUAAAUUCUACACCCAUGGUCGCUCUGUGCUCUCAACUUGGAAUACCUCAAAACAUGCUAGUUUUAUGUCUUGAGCUUGUGCCAUUUUUCUUCCAUUAAUUUUCACUAAUGCAUUAGUUCAAAAAUAUCUGUAUAGUUCCCUCACAUGCAUGCAGGGCAGUCCUUGCUGUAAACAAAGAAACUCAAUUCUUAACUGCUAUUUUCUCCAAGCCCAAAUCCUAGAUUAUGCAAUGUGAAGGGGAUAGUGUCCCCAAUUUUCCAAGAGCGAAGGUUAUCAAAAAAUCGAAACAUAAGGAUUCUUAUUAUUCAGUUUUCAGUUUCUCUAACAUUUUCUCUUUCAACAGAGUAUGUGAGUUACCCAUUUAACCCAGAAGCAACAUUAACUGCCUAAGCAGGCCCAGUUAUAACCUCAGCAGGUCUAACAAUUUUUGAAGUACAUACUUAAAAUUCUUAUUAAAACGAAGGUAACUGUUCAUAUUUACUCAAGAUUAGUUAUAUGAAGCUCAAUCAUUAAUUUAAGGGGCAGAAGCAGACCCUGGCUAUAUUACACCUAAAUUGCCAAAAGAGGAAAACAAGCACAUAUUCAGUAGGGGGUGAAAGAAGGACAGGAUAAACAUAGAACAGAGAGGAGGUCUGUUGCUAUUUGGUUAAAACUAGACCAGCCAUUCAGUAAGAAGUAAAUUCAUUAACCUUAACCAAGAGUGGGCUGAGAACAAUUCUUUCAAAUUAAAUGGAUGUUUUUUAUAUUAAAUGGGGGGAAAAUUCCUAUCUUAUACUUUUUAAUGCUAAAUAAGGAAGCACUUAAACUUAGAAAAGCCCCAGAAUAACUAAAAUUUGUCUCAUCUUUCUAGCCACACUUUUAAAGAGCAGCAGGAAUACCAGAUCAGAUUAAGAUUGCAUUGGUGUAACUUUGUAUUUUUUGAAAUCUUUCAUUAAUUGUAAAACAUAACUCUGCUAUGUUUAAAAGCAAAAUGUAUUUUAACAAAACAGGUUUCAGUAUUUGUACAAUGAAAACAGUGUUUGUAUUUCAACUAUGGAUAUUUCACAUAACUAUCUUUAUAAACCAUCUGGAAAGUAGAGGUCUUACAACAUAAGAACAAAGUAAGUUUGUGCUAUUUUUCUGAGCCUCUUUUAUUUUAUUUAUUAUUAUUAUUAUUUUUGCCAUUUCUAGGGCUGCUUCUAUGGCAUAUGGAGAUUCCCAGGCUAGGGGUUGAAUCAGAGCUGUAGCCACCGGCCUACACCAGAGCCACAGCAACACGGGAUCCGAGCCACGUCUGCAACCUACACCACAGCUUACGGCAACGCCAGAUCCUUAACCCACUGAGCAAGGCCAGGGAUCGAACCUGCAACCUCAUGGUUCCUAGUCGGAUUCAUUAACCACUGCGCCACAAUGAGAACUCCCUGAGCCUCUUUUAAUAAAGAUUACAAGAUGUCAUAAAACAAAGUUGAAAUAUUUCCUAAUGUGUUCAAUACAAAUCCAAUUACUGUUUCCCUGUUCAAAAACUUGGUUUUUACCUCAGGACCACAGUAGUAAGAAGGCAGUUUGAAUUGAUAAAGAUACCACAGAAUGAAAAUAAAAACAAGGCAGUUAA